ACGUUCAUUCUUAGGGGUCAUCAGGCUUGUGGAAAAGAUAAAACCAGGCCCUUACUCUGCCGAGCUCGCCUUGUGCACAGGGGGGACUGUAUCUUCCCAGCACCGCGGCAACGUGUCUCUCCCUAACUGCCCAGUAUGGUUGAUGAGCCGAAGGGCCUGAGCACUCGUGGGCGUUCUGACAGGCGUCCUGGGGUGGGUCUCAGCCUCUGGGGGGAGAACUGGUCACCUCAGAUUCAUGAACUUGCGUCAAGAGGUGUGGAGGGAAGAGUGACUUGUUGGCCUCACCUGCACUUGACGAGGCAGCAGUGCUGAGUGUCAGACUACAGACAGUACUCGAGCAGGACAUCUUCACCCCCUGACCGUAGUCCCCUCCAGCCCAUGGGGCGGUAGCUGGACCCCAUCAGACUUGGCUCACCUCAUAUCUGUCCCCUAUUGUGCCUCAGACACCACCCACUCGCUCGUCCCCACGUCUGUGUUCCCGCGCAUGUUUUUCCCUGGCCCGGAAUUGCCCGUUUCCCUCAAGCAUGUGCCGGGGCCUCAGCUAGCCGCCUUCCUCCUCAGGCGGUCGCCGGUGAGAGGCCGGCCUGUGAUGGUGCCGAGCUCCUGGAGCUCCACACCCGAGGCUCUGCGUCACACCCAAGGAGCCUCCAUCCCUCAGCUGGUAGGGACGUGCUCUCUGCAGUACCAGAACAUUAUUCAUUCAUUCCAGGAAUGCGUCCCUUGUGUUUUUCUGAGCAUUUACUGUGCAUAAAACACCCUGCUAAGUGCUUAAAUGACAGCAUAUUUCAUUGAAGCCUUGCAGUGAACCAGUGGGGUAGACAUUUUGUGGCUGAAGGUCCCUUUUUACAGGUAAGGAAACUGCAGGGCUAAUUCGCCCAAGGAUUGUCCGUCUAGGACACAGAGCUGGCAUUGGAAUGCUGAUGGCCAGCUCCAAAGCUCUGAAGCCCACACUGGGCAGCUCCCUCCGGGGGCAGGCAGGGCUUUGACCUGGAAAGAAGAGCGACUGUCCAUAGGGGACAGAGCAAUGAUAAGAAGUGAUGAGUAGUGGGUGGGAAAGGGCUAGUGGUACCAUGAUGACCUAGAGGAGGGGAAGGUUCCAGUUAGGGGAGGUAGACUCGAACAAGGAGAGGGGUGUGGAAGGAAAGCAUCCCAGAAAUAAAAACAGUCCUAGAAGAGGGAAAGGUCAGAGCAUGUUUGAGAAAGAGCAGGAAUAAAAUUUGACUGAUCAGCGUGGAAAGGGGAGUUGGGAUUGUGAAGGAUCCCUGGAUGCCAGGUAGGAGAUGAGGAUUUUCAUCUGUAGGCAGUGGGAGUCUGAGGACUUUUGAGCAGGGAGUAGUGUGCUGACUUCUGAGCUCUAAGAACCUCGUAGAACAGUAUGGAGCAGAGAUUCCAUAGAAGGAGGGACCAGAGACAGGCAUACCAAUAAUGCUGCAGGCUAGAGGAGAGAAAGCAAUGGCCAAAGCAUUGCAAGGUGCUGACGGGAGGAAAAGAGGGGAGUGGAUGGAUGGUGGUGGGACCAGACAGAGGGAGGCAGGAAGGAGUCGUCGGAGAGGCAGUUUGUCGGUCUGGAGAUGCAGGGCAUGGCCCUAGGGCUGGGCAGGAUGGAUUUGGAAAGUGUUCCUCGUGAGGUCCGGGGUUUGUGUGUUCACUCAUCUCUUCGCUCUUUCUACCACUUUCCGUUGCAUCCCGGCGCCCUUGUCCCUGUGUUCUGCAAAGAGGUGGGGACUGGAGAUGUAAACUUGCUGGCCAGCAAAGCAUUCACAAGUAACUUAGGUGUGGACGUGACGAAGUGGAGCCCAGGGGGGUACGGGGGGGCGCAGGCUUCGAGGUUACCGAGGAAGACAUGGCAGGGCAGGAGCAGGGAAGCCAGUUCCUGGAGACCCACGGGCACUGGGCUCAGAGAGGGAGCGGGGAGCCGGAAUGAGUUACUGAAGUCGGGGAGGGGAGAAGGGGAAGCGUGGAUCGUGGUCCCAACCGGCCACACACACACAGGAGGGCAGAGGCAGAGGCCGAGAGGGACCUUGGCUCUUGCAUCCCAGAACACACUUAGGACCUGUGGAAGUGCAGGGUCAGCAGGGCCAAACGGUAGGGCCGGAGGGGUCAGGAUGGGGGCCACACAUGUAGGCCUCUGCCAGACAGUGACCCUUACACUGCAAGAUCAUGGGGUGCCUUUACUUGGAUUUUUUUUUUUUUCUUCUUCCGGAAGAGCCCUGUGAAGUAGGCCUGGCUGUUAUUAAGACCUCUUUAUUGCAGAGAAGGAAACUCGGUUUCUGGGGGUCAGAAGGCUUCAGUGCCACCUCAGUGUCGGGCAGGCAGGAAACGGCAGAGGGGGGACUGGAAGGCAGAGUCAGUGACACAGUGCUCGGUGUUAGGCGAGGAAGGACUGCCUGGCUGCCUCCGUGCUGGGCCGUUCUGUCAGCCCACUUUGUGAUCAGUGCCCACGGUGGAGUCUUCCCAUCGUAGCCCGCUGAGCUGGCUGGCUGUCAGGUCUCCCUCCCGUCCCUGGCAGCAUACCCACCUUGAUGUCCCAAAGACUGCCGAAAUCUUGCCUUGGGAAGGCAGUGACGCCGUCGUAGGCCCCGGAGCAGCCGCAACCCUUGGUUUUACACACAGCACAAGCACUUCGAAAGCAGAAGAGGAGGUCCUCAGAGGAAAUAGGGGGGCUCAUAGUUGCACCAAAAGGCUUAGGAAUCCGUCGGAGAGGAAGGGCAGGAAUGACCGGAAGCCGGGCGGCCGCCCCUUCUGUGGAGGGUGUGCCCUGUGGCUGCGACUGCCGUGGCAGAGCGGUUCCCCCACGGCCCUGCUGCCCUGCCCCGCCAGACUCCAGCGGAAGCACUCCUCCGGCCGGCGUGGGGCACUGUCCGCUCUGUUGCUGACACCGACUGGAGUGGGGGGGGCUCUCGCCUUGCCCCUUCUGUAGUGGCCGUCAUGAGAAAGGGGAUUCUGGGGGUCCAGGAAAAUAAUAUGUUCCCAGCACCUGGCCCCUUUUCCUGGCCUCUGUAUUGUUUUCACGUGAUACUGAGUCUCAGCCAAGACGCUCAGUGUGGCAGCUGUCCACUCUGUAAACCUGCAGGUGGUCUGGACCGAGCCCGGAACCUGGCUUCAGGCAGCCAGAGAUGAACAUGGGAGGUCACUGUCAGAUGGACGGGGGCAAUAAUUUGCAUAGACUGUCCUUUGUACCACAGCGGGGGUGAACUGGGAAGCGCCUCCCAGCAGUGAUGACAUGGUUGAGCCCGUGUCUGGGACAGAGGGAGGGGUCAGCCCAAGGACAGGAAGAGCAUUCCUGGAGGGACGAGCUGCACGCACAAAGCCAUCGAGACAGGCGAGGCUGAGUCAGGCCAGCUUGGAUUUCAUCCCAGCACCCGUUGCUGUAGGAAUGGAGGCAACUGCUGUUCGCAUGAAUGCCUGCCACCCUCACUGCUGCUCCCCAGUUCCCUGGAUUUACUGCUCAAGCGGUGGGUGGUGUGGAAGGAUCACGUUUGAUGCAACAGGAAAUCGAGAGCAGAGAGCUGAAGUCACAGAUCAUCAGUCAGGCAAACAUAAAGACAGAAGGAAAAGCUCACUAGAUGUCAGAACCCUUGCUUCUCGAACAAGCGAAGUUGGCAGCCAGAGGCGACACUCCUCCAUGGCCCGGAUACAUUCCAUGACGAUCGAGGCGCCCAUCACCAAGGUAAUCAACAUUAUCAAUGCUGCCCAGGAAAGCAGCCCCAUGGCUGUGACAGAAGCCUUAGACCGUGUCCUGGAAAUUCUAAGAACCACUGAAUUAUAUUCACCACAGUUUGGUGCUAAGGAUGAUGAUCCUCAUGCCAAUGACCUUGUUGGGGGCUUAAUGUCUGAUGGUUUGCGAAGACUAUCCGGGAAUGAGUAUGUUCUUUCAACAAAAAAUCUUCAGCAGAUGCCCAGCAGUAUAAACGCCCCCAUCUCCCUUCACGACGUCCCCCCACGGAUAGCUCGGGCCAUGGAAAACGAGGAGUACUGGGACUUUAAUAUAUUUGAACUGGAGGCUGCCACACAUAAAAGGCCUUUGAUUUAUCUUGGUCUCAAAAUGUUUGCUCGCUUCGGAAUCUGUGAAUUCUUGAACUGCUCCGAGCCGACGCUGAGAUCGUGGUUACAGAUCAUUGAAGCCAGUUACCACUCUUCUAACCCCUACCACAACUCGACACACUCUGCCGACGUGCUUCACGCCACUGCCUACUUUCUCUGCAAAGAGAGGAUAAAGCAAACUUUAGAUCCGGUCGAUGAGGUCGCCGCGCUUAUUGCAGCCACCGUCCACGACGUGGACCACCCUGGGCGAACCAACUCGUUCCUGUGCAAUGCUGGAAGUGAGCUGGCCAUCUUGUAUAAUGACACUGCUGUGCUGGAGAGCCAUCAUGCGGCCCUGGCUUUCCAGCUGACCACCCGAGAUGACAAAUGCAAUAUCUUCAAGAACAUGGAGAGGAAUGACUAUCGGACGCUGCGCCAGGCUAUUAUCGACAUGGUCUUAGCCACAGAAAUGACAAAGCACUUCGAGCACGUCAACAAAUUUGUCAACAGCAUCAACAAGCCCCUGGCAGCACUCGAAGUAAAUGGGGAAGUGAAUAGAGAUGAAGAAGCCAUAAACACUAUGCUCAGGACUCCAGAGAACCGGACUCUGAUUAAACGAAUGCUGAUUAAAUGCGCAGAUGUGUCCAAUCCCUGCCGACCCCUGGAGCAGUGCAUUGAGUGGGCCGGACGCAUCUCAGAAGAAUAUUUUUCUCAGACUGAUGAGGAGAAGCGGCAGGACUUACCUGUGGUGAUGCCAGUUUUUGACAGAAACACCUGCAGCAUCCCCAAAUCCCAGAUCUCCUUCAUUGACUACUUCAUCACAGACAUGUUCGAUGCCUGGGAUGCCUUUGUAGACCUGCCUGAGUUAAUGCAGCAUCUUGACAACAACUUUAAAUACUGGAAAGGACUGGAUGAAAUGAAGCUGCGGAGCCUCCGACCGCCCCCGGAAUAGUGCGUCACACCGCCUGGGCCCCGAAGCUUUGUCCCUCCACUCAUUUGGAAUUCCUGAGGGCAGCCAGGGUUCCUGGAUCCUUUCAGUAUUAGGCAGAACAGUGCCCAGGUCUGCAGAGCCUGUGAAAGCACACGGGGCAUCGAUGACCUUCUGCAGCCACCAUCCGAUGCCAUUGCCGCAAAGUGCGACCCAGUCCGCCAUAUUGGGCGUGCAGCAGGGGCUCUUUAGGAAAGUCCCAGGAGAACCAGUUUGCACUAACUUUCCUUAUCAUGAGCUCAGAGGGACCCUCCAAAGGACACUGAUGGAUUUCCUCCCAGUGACAGAGAAUGUCUUGUUGCAAACAAUUUCUCUCAACUGUGUCCAGCACUUACAAACAGCUCAUGGCAAUCGGAGCUUUAGGAACUUUUUCACAUCAUAGAAGGUGCAAUCACUCACUUUGGAACACUACUGAAAGUGACUUCUCUUUUGAAACUGAGUAGCAAAUGAAAAAUACAAAAAUUUUGAAGUUGAUUAUUAAAUACAAAGAAAUUUUGAAGUUGAUUAAUAUCAAUUAUUAAAAUGUUUUAUUUAUUUUAUUAGAAGUUCAAUAUUUUCUAUGAAUUUUGAAAUACUUCAAAGCCAAAGCCAACUUUAAAUGCCAUGACCAAAUUUACAUAAUUCAUAUUCAUUAAAUAUGUAUUACUUGGUGUACAGACUUAUUUUCAUAAUGCAAAUUAAAACUAUAAAAUGACACAUUUUUACUGCACUACAGAAAUAUUUGUGUAUGUUAGACUCUUUUCUGAUUGAUGCUAGUUGGGAAAAGCGGUCUUUGGGAGGCUCUGAGUGUAAAGCCCUCCAGGAGAGCACCUCCUCCGUACAGGAAGCAGAGUUCUGAAACUCUGGUCAUCUGAUGGGCUUUGCCAGUGACUCCCCAAAGUCAACGAAACUCAGACCUAACACCUUUUUCCUAAAAUAAUUGAAUUCCCAAAAAUCUGCCUUAUUUUAUAGUGUUUCUACAAGAUACUCCCUAUGAAAGAACAAAAAUGGACUAUUUAGUGAGCUGACAUUUUAUAACCAAUCUGUUUUCAUCUGAGGUGGGAAUCUUUGAUUCCAGAAAUUUAUAAAGUUCUGUAUCUUCAUGUUUUGAAUAAGUGUAGUACCGUAAAAAAUGACACAUGAUAAUAUGUCAAAGUGCUUGUCAUUUCAUUUUAAAGUUGUAUUUUUCCCCAGAUAAAAAUGAAAUUAAACUAUUUGUUUUUAAGAAA